CUCACACCGGGUAGAAGAGGCUACUCAUCUCACUCGCAGAACAGGAGAAGUGGGUGGCUAUAUUAUUCUGCAGUAGCCUUCUCGGGAGAGCGAAUGAAGGAAGAGGAUUGGAACAAACAGGCAGCAGACAUAGUAUCUAAAACUGCUGUGGACUCUUUCUCACCAAAAGAGGAACUAGAAGGCAGGCACGCACGGACGCACAGGUAGAUCCUAACCGGACGAAUCGACUAGUAGAUUGAAAUAAUGUUUCAUCUAUCCACCGGCAGCAGAACGUGCAUGUGCAGCAUCACCUUUCUGUCCGCGGUCGUGAUAUCCUCCUGCCACGCGUUCCGCCGCUGUGGGGAGGUCCAGUGCGUUGAGGGCCACCAGUGCUGCCCCCCUACCGUUACCGGCAACGGUAGCGCGAGCUCCACGGUGCGCUGCUGCAAGCUCCCGCUGCAUAUAUUCUUCGACAACGUGGGCUGGGUGACGCGCAAGCUAUCGGGCAUCCUGAUCCUGCUGCUCCUUUUCGCAAUGGGCUACUUCAUCCAGCGCAUUAUCUGCCCGCGGCCGCGCCGACACCCCCACCCCGAACACCCCGAGGAGCCCUCCCUCUUCCACGGACACGCCACCGCGUCCCAGGACUCCCUACUGGACCGGUACCCCGAAUACAGUUUUGGGGACUUCACCUCGCCAGUGCUGCUACCCGCAUAUGACGAGGUGAAGUACCUGCCGACCUACGAGGAGACCAUGCAGGAGGUGCACAGAGACCGGUCGGAUGAUAAUUUACUGGAGGAGCCUGCUGCGGACGGAGGGACGAGGGGAGGACCGAUACCCAGAGAAGAGGGAGAGGACACUUCAGGACACAACACACGCGCGUCAAGGAAUUCUGUCUGACUAAAUGUGAUGGACUAUCAAAUGUAAUCAUUUUUAUUUUAUUAUGAACUAAAGGAGAGACUUACAGGCUAUAUAAUAACUUAAGUGCAAUUACAAUCUGUUGCAAUGAAUGUUGAAAAUAAUAGGAACUGGCAUUUUGGUCAAUGACGGAGUUUUAUAUGAUUGGGCGGAUGAUUCUCCUUUUGUAUGCAAAUUAGACUAGGUAUGAGAAAAGGAGACAAUAAAAGAGAGAUGGCUGCUAAAAUUGGCGCUCUUUUUUGUAUUGACAGGCUGCUAAUAUGGCGCAGGUACAAUCACAUUACAUUUUGCUU